UCGUUUCGUAAAGCCGACGUAAAUAGAAACGCGAGUAAUGUAACAUGUUUGAAUAAGGCAGUGCGUUUUUUUAGUGGUGUUGUAUACUUUACUGUGCUUGUUUUAAAGAAAUUUAGAAAAGUACCAUGUGGACUUCUAGAAGUGUUGCUCGGAUACGACUUUUGUACAGCGUCCGCACAAAAUCGGACAACGUUGCAUCACAGAACGUUUGCCUGAACCUGGUUCGGAGUAACGAUAAGGAAAACUUCCUAUGCACACUGCUGUUGCGAAACCCCCAGCGGCGCAGUGCGCUGGCGGUGCGGGCGUUCAACGUUGAGGUGGCGAAGGUUAGCGAGAAGGUUGCGGCCGGCAAUGUCGGCGUGCUGCCGCUCAAGUUCUGGGAGAACACCGUCAACACGCUGUACCGGGGCGGCGCCAAUGGUAGCAACGUUCCAGAGCAUCCCGUCAUCCGCGAGCUACAGAGGGCAAUUAACGAUCACAAGCUUUCCAAAAUGCACUUUCAGCGGCUGAUAAGCGCUAGGGCGAACGCAAACCUCAACUUCCUCACGGUGAAGCAGCUGGAGGACUACGCCGAACAGUCGGUGUCGAGCGUGCUGUACCUGCUGCUGGAGGUGCACGGCGUGCGGAACGUGCACUGCGACCAUGCCGCGUCCCACCUUGGCAAGGCGCAGGGCAUCGUCAAUCUGCUGCGGUCGAUUCCGCACCAGACGCGCCGGAACGCCGUCCCCAUACCGCAGGAGGUGCUGAUUGCGCACGGCGUCAAUCAGGAGCGCAUGGUGCGCAACCGGGCGGAUGAUAAGGGCGUGGAGGAGGUGACCUUUGCCCUGGCCAGCGUUGCCCAUCGGCACCUGGAGACGGCCCAGGGCCUGCUGAAAACUGUACCACGCGCCGUGAAACCAAUUUUCCUACCCAGCAUAGUGAUAGAGCGAUUUCUGCACCGGUUAAGGCUACGGAAUUUUCACCUAACGGAUCCGAACGUGAUGCGGACGGAUUCGCUGCUACCGUUGGUGUUGUAUUGGCGAACGUUUUGGGGAAAAUAUUGAAAAGAAGAAGAAGAAAACCGUACUUUUCCGCGAGUGUGCGUGUGUGUGUAGUUGCAAAAGAGUAAAAUAAAAGAAAGAAGAAGUUCA